GGCGAGCAGGUAGGCCGGAACCUGUUCAUUGACGGACUACGUAACAGAACAAUUCGGGGGAAGCUACGUAAAAACUUCUCUCCCAUUAAUCACACGCUGCAACAAAUUAUGGACGCUGCAGAAGAGAUGGAGUGGAAAUUCGCAGCUAGCUUCUUAGAAAAUGAGGAUUACGGUAGAGAAGGAGACUCGUCCGAACUUGUGAAAGCAAGGGCGGAACUGGCCGCACUACAAAACAAAUUUGAAAACAUGGGAUUCGUAGCUGGACCAGUUAUGUAUGUAGAACAGGUAACACCGAGGACCGCACCCCAUGGAGUGACUAUAGACAGGCAGAUCCCGGUAAUGGCGUCCCCAACCGCAACUCAGCCACCUCCACUGCCACCCACCAUCGAGUCACCCGCAAAAACGAGUGAGUCUACUGCUAUCUUGGAGCUAACUAAAACAUUGGCUAGUCUAAUCCAGGAAAGCAAGAAGGAACAGCGAGAGCACAACGCCCGAUUAGAAGCUAUGAUGCGGAAUAUGCGACCCAUUGCGGUGCGAGCACCGAUGCAGGGAGGCAUGGCUGCUGCCCAAGUGGCAGCGGGGCCAGCCGGGACAGCGACAAAUGCCUGUUUUACAUGUCAUCAACCGGGACACUUGGCUCGAGAUUGCCCCCAUCGUGCCAUGCAGCCUCGAUCCGGGAUCGCGCCUGCAGCUGCAGCUCCCAUAGCUAACGGUCCAGGACGUGUAGGAGCCGUAAUGGAUGAUCAGGGGGGAAGUACGGGAAUGAUGAUUUCCAGUGAGGAAGCAGCUGAGCUUAUCCCGCUGGAGCAGUACGUAUCACUAGGAUACCCGGGGCUAGGAAUGAUUGGGACAAUUCGACUGGAACUCGAGUCCAGAGAUGUCGCCGAAUGGCGGCCUUCGGUGAGCGAAAUGGAGACGGGUGACCCUACCUUUGUCACAGGAGAAAUCGAUAUCCUUGAAGUCACCCGAGCACUGGAUCAUCGAAUCCCUCUCCCAAUCGGCCACCUACUCUCCAUCUCGGAACAGGCGAACGAACGAAUGAUGCAGCAUUGCAAAGCGAACCGGAAGCGAUUCGCCCUUGCACGCGCAAAAGAUCAGAAGGCGAAGGCGCCGCCUUCGGAGAAAAAGGUGGACGUCGCCCCUGAUCCCAUCCGAGUCGGAUUAAUACAGAAAGACGACCACUUUCUUCGGAUCGAGCCGAUUCCGUGGAAAUCAGCCGAAUGUGAUAUUGAAGUCUGGGGAGUGCCGUAUAGUGCGAUCAUAGAUUCGGGAGCGGCUGUCCUAGCGAUAUCCCUCCGAGUAGUCGAGAGAGCGGAUAGGAAGAAUGAUUUGAUUAUGCUAACCGAAAAGGACCAGCUCGUAUCGGCUGAUGAGGAGAAGAUCAAGACAGUAGGGCGUAUGACGAAUGUCGCGUUCCGAUUGGGAAAAGUGCAUGCUUUAGGAGAUGUUGUGGUGCUGGAUGUGAAUACGUAUGACGUCCUAUUCGGGCUUCUUGCAUUAGUGGCGUUGCGUGCUAAUUUGGACUUCGAACGCCGAUCCGUCAUUCUCCGGAAUACCGGGGGAAAGCCGUAUUGGGUUCGAUGCCCGAUGGGAAUCUGCAAUGCGCCUGCCACGUUUCAGCGGGCGAUGAAUGUGACUUUUCAUAAUUUUGUCAAUAAGACGCGACUGACUCAGGGGAUGAUCAACUUCUGUGUCAUUGUGUACAUGGACGACAUUCUGGUGUACUCGGACACGUUUCAUGGACACGCGCGGCACAUCGAAUGGACGUUGGGGGCGCUGAGAGACACAGGUUUCAAGAUUGCGCUGGAGAAGAGCGAGUUUUUCCUCCCGGAAAUCUCGUUCUUGGGGUAUGUGGUGACACGUGGAGGCCUGAGGCCGGACUCUCGAAAAGUCGCGGCGGUCAAGGAGGCCCCGAUUCCGACCUCAUUGAUGCAGGUUCGAGCCUUCUUGGGCCUGGCCUCGUACUACCGGCGGUUCAUCAAGGGGUUCGCGACUAUAUCAAGGCCUCUGACAAACCUGCUGCGAAAAGAACAGCCCCUUCAUUGGGAUGACGAGUGCGACCAAGCCUUCGGGGCCCUGAAGGAUGCUCUCAUCACGGCCCCAAUUCUGAUCCGGCCGGACCCCUCUCGGCAGUUUAUUCUCAUCACCGACUGGCAGUCGGAGGCUAUUUCGGCCAUUCUGGCGCAGAAGGGAAACGAUGGGAAGGAGCAUGUCAUUGAGUACGCUUCCCGGACGGUGCCAGACGAGCGACAAAACGAUUCCUCGCCACAAGGAGAAUGCUAUGCGGUAGUUUGGGGUAUCGAACACUUCCACCCGUAUUUGUACGGUCAGAAGUUUCUGCUCGUCACCGAUCAUGAACCUCCGUUGACUCUGAAGAAGCUAACCAACUACACGGGCAUGAUCGGACGAUGGGCGGUGCGGUUGCAAGAAUAUGAGUUUGACAUUGUUCAUCGAAAAACGGAGAGACACGACAACGCCGACGGACUGACACGUUUGCACCGACCUGGUAAAGUACCAAAAGCGGAAGAGAUCACACCGUGGAAGGACCCGGACAUCAACAACGGUCCAAAGUAUGGAGAAGUUGCGAUUAUUCCACGUGGCAAGAAGCCGUCUGAUCUUCAUCCCCGCCUCUCCUUCUGCAUAGAUCCUCUGGUUGUUCCCCUCCUCGAUCCCUCUCAGUGGGACGUAUGGCGCGGAGACUUCAUUGAACUCUCACUGUGUUUGGCGGAAGUACGGGUGACGUGGACGAGGGACGAGAGCAAUUAUCCGCGGACUGAGCGAUUGGAGCUCCUUUUGAUUCAGGCGUGGCGGACGGAAGUAGAGGGGGACCUUCUCGGUUUUCUAUUCGGGGCAGUACGUCCGGGCUGUCGGAGGCUUCUCACCCAGGAGCUUAUGGUCCCGAUUGCGCAGCUGGCCGACCAUCUUGACGUCAGCAUUGUCUCCCAAGUCGACCCGCGCUUGGUGCCCCACAUCACUUCGCGCACGCUGUCGCCGUAUCUUCAGUGGUCAGCUUGCGUGGAGGGUUUCCCAUCAAGAAUUCCGUCUUCACGGUUGGAUUACUUGGAUCCGCGCGACAUCGUGGAUCCCGCUUUCUACAGGCCGCCGUGCGAAGACGAAUUAGAAGAGAUACUCCGCGAGGAGCUCACGGAAGAAAGUUCAGAGGAAGAGGAGGAGAAUCUGAACGAAGAUGAAGGGGAAAUGGCACCACACCAAGAAGGAGACGAAGACGAGCUCUUGCAAACGGAGAGCGAAGAGGAAGCAGAAGAAGAAGACAGCGAGCAGGGGAGCGGUGAUGACAACGACGAGGAGCAGGCCGACGAGGAUCCCCAGCUAGAAAUUGCAUCGAUCGCUGAUCUUCCGAUCAGCAAUGAUCCAAUGCUUGACCCGGAGCCACCUCAGCCAGACGACGACCAUGUGGCCCAGAUUGUCUGUUUGAGUUCGUAAUGGACGUCAUCAUCCCGGCCCAAAAAUUACGUCGAGCAUACCCGAGAACCCAUUAAUGAAAAUCGCACGCAACG